AUGCCCAAUAUUGGCAUUUGGAUGAUGCGUGACAUGAGUAAAUAUGAAUAUCAGGAAUUGCCGGAAAAUAUUCAAACAUCCUCGCCAUUUAGUGAUGAUAGUGAUAAGGAUAAGGAUAUAGAACACAAAAGUAAUAACUUAACAAUGGUACGAAAAUACAAUGGAGCGAUUCUGUACCGUAAGACAUUAAAGGAUAUCACAAGUACCAAGGGUAAAGGUCAGGUGCUAGCGAAAACAAUGGCAAAGAUAAAUCUGCUUGUAUCGGUUAUUACUGAUGAAGGGAUAAAAUCUAAGACGAAUGCGUUCAAAGUUGUUACACGAUCAAAAGUUGAUGGUAAAUCUGGGCAUGAACCUUUGCCACUUCUGGAGAAAUCAUUGCAAGCGGGAUCAACGGUAAUUCCUCACCAGAAGGUGUUGUUUCAUUGUCUGUUACAAUCACUAGAAAAUUGA